UAUCGAAAUAUCAACAAUGGCCGAGGAACAAGAAGGCCAAGUGAAAAUGUUUUGUGGGGCUUGUCCAGACAGCCACUGUGGAAACCUACUAUAUUUUAUGUCUCACGUGAAUUCAGAAGUAGAAUGCAGCGAUUGUGGGCAAAAACAUAACCCGAAUUCGCUUCUGAACGUGAAAGAAUCGACCGACUCGAACUUAGCUGUUGGGAACUUAUUAAAGUCAAUAUUACUUUCCAACACUGCCGCGAAGAAAGGCUCAGAGCUGGUUAAGGUCCGGGGUUUGUCCAAUUUUCAUUGUAAAAUAAUUUCGCCUUUGCUAACGAGCUAUGGCAUGGACAAGAAGACGGGUAAAGCGAAGCUGUUAUCAGAGUUAGGACAGGCUGAAGUUUUUAAUUGUGCUGUCUUUGGUAAUAGGGCCUUCCUUAUUGAGAAAGAGCACUUGGAUACACCCGGGUAUGGAAGGGAUGACACGGGGUCGUUAGGGUACCUCAAUGACACCCUAGGGAUGAUCGAGAAGGCAAAUGGCGGGGACUGUUUGGUACCCUUACAUUCGGACGGCGACGGGCAUUGCCUCGUUCACGCGAUCUCACGAGCGGUCGUCGGCAGAGAGCUACUCUGGCACAGUCUACGACAAAACCUGAGAGACCAUCUACAGCAAGAGAAUGUGAAAUAUCAGGAAUUAUUCAGAGACUUUCUCGACACUAACGAGUGGGAUGAAAUAAUUAACGAGGCGGACCCUAAUUACCACCCACCCACUAACGAACCUUUCGGUUUACGUAAUAUCCAUGUUUUCGGACUGGCAAAUGUUCUGCACAGGCCAAUAAUUUUAUUGGAUAGCUUGGAAGGUAUGCAAUCCAGUGGUGAUUACUCUGGAAUAUUUUUGCCAGUUUUAGUUCCGCCGGAGGAAUGCAAGUCACAAGGAUCAUUAAAUAAACCAUUGGCUAUUGCGUGGAGCAGCUUGGCAAGGAACCAUUAUGUACCUCUCGUCGGGAUCAGAGAUUCUACCCCACCUAAAAUCCCACGCUCACUUUUGCCAAAAGCUUGGGGUGUACCAAAUGAAUUAGUCUCAACUUACAUUGAAUUCGACGAGAAUGGCGGUUGUGAAAUUGGUGGAUCUCGGAGCUUACAGGAUGGUUACGUUCAACGCCUGGUCUCUGCAAUGAAUGAACUUUUCUUUGAAAAGCACGAAGUCUCGCCCGAACUUGUGGCAGAUGUCAAUCAGUUUGUUUUCAAACCUUCAAAUGCAGUUGGUAUUUCAAUCCCUGAAAUUAUUGAAUUUACCCAAAACGCAGUCGAAAGUGAAAGUUUGUUUCGAUGCUUGUCGUGUCAAGCGUUGAAAGAAGUCAAAGAUAUAUGGCCGAGGUCUUGGAGGGAGCCUGGAGGACGGUGGUAUACAAGGGCGCAGGAGUCCAAUGAGGGGCUCAUAGCCAAUGCAGUGUAUAUGUUCACAGAAGCCCAAGGUGUGCAUAUCAUGUAUCAACCGAAAUUUAACAUGUUGAUGCCUGUUUUUAGUGAGGUAAUUUUGUAAGCAAUCUUGUUUUUAAUCGUUUAAGUGGCAAUGUGCCCUACUUCAUUAUUUUACUCUGUCUAAUGCCAGAUGAUUUUACUCAUCAGUGGGAGAAUGCUACCAAUUAAUGGGUUAAUCAGACUAUCUGCCUAUGCACCCUGUGGCAGUGCGCCCUACUUUUAUUAUUGUAAGUGGCAAUGCACCCAGAUGCACCCUACUGUAUUACUUUACUGUCUAAUGCCAGAUUAUUUUACUCUGUCUAACGCCAGACAAUUUUACUCAUCAAGGGGAGAGUGUUUCCACUCAAUGGGUUAAGUAAGGGCCUUCAUUGCUUUGGGUGCCCUUUUUAAGCUGGGGGAAAGCAGGGCAAAGUGCCCCCCCCCCCUCUCAGCAGCCCUGUAGACACUAAUAUGUAUUGUUGCCCACAGGAUCAUGAUUGUUACCUCUGUAAAGGAGUGACUCGUCAAGUUUCUGCCGACGGUUCUGUCAGAUACAUGAAUGGUGAUCGGACAUCAACCCAGUCCAACAAUAGCAAGGGAUGCACAUGUGGUUUUAAACAUUUCUGGGAUGGUAAUGAAUAUGAUAAUGUACCGAAAGUGUAAGUAUGGCACUGUUCAAUUGUUAAACUAAGUGAACUCCUGCAGCAAACUUAUUAAAAGUUGUUUCAACAAAGAUUUUUACAUGCAUAAAAACAUAUAAUCCCUUUGAAUCUAAUGAUGUUACAAUGAUUUUUUGAAUUAGUAUCGAUGUUUCGUUGGAAUGGAAUGGGAAGAAGAUAGAGGAACAAGUCUUUUGGUUUGAUAAUGAAAGUGACCCCAGCCUAAAUUCCAAUGUUUAUGAAAUGGCCACAAGUGUUGUUCAGAAACAUUUUCCUGGCGAGUUUGGAAGUGAGACAGUUGUCAGGAGAGUUGUUGAUAAAAUACUGCGGGAGACUGAGUUAAAGAAGAAUGAGGAAGGUAUGUAAUUAAUGGUAGUGAUGAUGGUGGUUGUGGUGAUGAUGGUGGUGGUGGUUGUGGUGAUGAAACGUAUCCCUAACAAUUGUUCCUUUUAGAAUAUCACUAUAGCGGGAAAUUUGCUAGAUUAAGCGUUAUGAGCACAUAACAAUUGGACUUGGCAGAAGCACUAGGGUGUGAGCAUGUUAUUUCAAUAGGAAAAAACAUUUAAAGUUACCUAAUGCGUCAUGACAAGAACGAUUUGUUUCGCCAUAGUUUUUGCAUAUAUUUAAACCCCAUACUCGGAACACAUGUAAAUUAUG